ACUGCAAAGUCCACGUUUCAUUUGUGAGGUUUCUCUGCUCUGCUCCUCCAUGCUCCACGCUUCUGGAACAUUGCAAGUUAUGCCUGCGCUGACGCUCCUGCUCCGCACUCUCCUCCAUCUCCUGGUACUGGUGGCGUCGCUCCAUGCCCAGGAUGACUGCUCUGCCAGUCCCUGUCACCCCCAGCUUGGCGACCUCAUGGUGGGCAGGAGCGGGCAGCUCUCAGCCUCGUCCACAUGCGGCUUGAAGGGACCCCAGAACUACUGCAUCAUCGGUCACCUGGAGGAUGAACAGAAAUGCUUCAUCUGCGACUCUAGGCAUCUGUACAAUCACUUUAACAACCGGAAGAGUCACCGCAUUGAGAACGUGAUCACGACCUUUGAACCCCAGCGCAAGACAAGGUGGUGGCAGUCAGAGAAUGGUGUGGAUCACGUCAGCAUACAGCUAGAUUUGGAGACUCUUUUCCAGUUCAGCCACCUGGUCCUCACUUUUAAGAGCUUCCGACCCGCUGCGAUGCUGGUAGAAAGGUCAAAGGACAACGGGAAGACGUGGAAAGUGUUCCGUUACUUUGCGCAGGACUGCGCAUCCUCAUUCCCCGGCAUCCCGACAGAGGCAGCAGUGACUGUCAGUGAUGUCAUCUGUGAGAGCCGGUACUCAGGGGCAGAGCCCUCCACUGGAGGAGAGGUGGUGUUGAAAGCUCUGGACCCGAACUUCCAGAUAAGCAACCCACACGCACCCCACAUACAGGAGCUCAUCACCAUGACAAAUCUCCGGGUGAACUUUACACGCCUCCUGACGCUUGGUGACACGCUGCUGAGCCGACACAGGAGAAACCCCCAGGACAAAUACUACUACGCGUUGUAUGAGAUGGUGGUGCGGGGCAGCUGCUUCUGCAACGGACACGCCAGGGAGUGCAUGCCAGUGGACGGCAGCCGCGGGGACGUCUUCCAAGAGGCUGGAAUGGUCCAUGGACGCUGUGUCUGCCAGCACAACACAGAAGGAGAGAACUGCGAGCGCUGCUUGGACUUUUAUAAUGACGCCCCCUGGAGGCCAUCUGACCCCCAUGGCUGCAGAAAGUGUAAAUGCAGUGGACAUUCGGAGAGGUGUCACUUUGACGCGUGGCAGUACCUGGCCAGCAGGGGGCUCAGCGGCGGAGUCUGUGACGACUGUCAGAAUAAUCGAGCUGGAGUCCACUGCGAGCUGUGCAGGCCCUUCUAUUACCGGGACCCUCGGCUAUCCCAUGACCACCCCGACGCAUGCAUCCCCUGUGACUGUGAACCUGCCGGGUCACUAGAUGGGGGGCUUUGUGACCCCCACACUGGACGAUGCGUCUGCAAGGCAAACGUGGAGGGGGAGAGAUGUGACAGGUGUAAACACGGCUUCUACGGGCUAAGCCGGGACGACCCGGAAGGCUGCCAGAUCUGCGCGUGUGACCGCUUAGGCAGCGUGCUGACCCCUGACCCCUGCGACCCUGUGACGGGUCAUUGCCAGUGCCGUCCCUUCGCCACGGGGCCCCUGUGCGACUGCUGCGUGCCAGGUUACUGGGGUCUGGGAAAUACCGUGUAUGCCUGCUCUCCGUGCGACUGUGAUGUCGGCGGGGCGCUGCUUGCCACGUGCAGCCCCGUGAACGGGCAGUGUCAGUGUCGUCCCAACAUGGUGGGCCGCAGAUGCAAGGACCCCGCGCCCGGCCACUUCCUGCCUCCUCUGGACGUGUACCUGUACGAGGCGGAGGGCGCCGCCCCCCAGCAGCCGAGCGCAUUAAGCGAGUCCACCAGCCUGCCUACAUGUGAGAAGUACUUCACAGACCAAGGCUACGACUUCACCUUCAGCAAUGGGAGGUUCAUCCUAAGGGAGAAGACCAGGCAGAAGAGACAGGAGCAAAACUCCAUCCCCAUGGAGCCAGGCUUGGAGCACCAAAUCACACCUCAUGAACGCAUGGUGGACCAGCCCAGCACCUGGACUGGUCAGGGGUUUGUCCACGUGCAGGAUAGCACUGAGCUCAGGUUCACGGUGGACAACCUGCCUGCGGCUCUCCACUACUACCUGGUGAUCCGCUACGAGCCUGAGUCCACAGAAGACUGGAAGGCAGGCUUGAAGAUCACCGCCGCAAGAUUACCAAGCACUGGGAACUGUGCCCACCACCACAUGGAGGCGACACUGAGUCUACCUGGCUCUCAGAGGGUGGCCCUCUUAGAGCCGGCGCUCUGCCUGGGUGAUGGAGGGGUGUAUCACGUGGACAUCACCUUCCAGAAGCAGACCAAGCAGGCCGAUCGUUCCAGCUCACACAUCCUCGUUGACUCUAUGGGCUUGAUUCCAAAAAUCGAAUCCCUGCGGGAUACCUGCUCCCAAAGCAAGUGGGACAAAUUCCAGAGGUACCAGUGUGUGGAGAUCUCCUCUGUGGUGGGACCCCGGGUCCUUCCAGAGGUCUGUAAGGAGCUGAUUGGCAGCCUAUCAGCCCGGAUCCACAAUGGUGCUGUGGCCUGCAGCUGUGACCCACUGGGCUCUUUCAGCCGGGCCUGCAGUAAGUUUGGUGGCCAAUGUUCCUGCAAGCCCAACGUCACCGGCCGCUGCUGCAAUUCCUGCACCCCCCGCACGUUUGGGCUUGGCCCAGGUGGCUGCUCACCGUGUGAUUGUGACCCACACGGGUCCCUCCAGGAGGCAUGUGACCCGCUGAGUGGGCAGUGCCCGUGCCACCAGGAGGUGUCAGGCCGACGCUGCCAGCACUGCCGGCCUGGAUAUUUCGGCUUCCCGCACUGUCAGCCAUGUCAGUGUCACGGCUUAGCAGACAGCUGCGACCCAGUGACAGGGACCUGCCUGGACUGCAGGGAUCAUGCCGCUGGACCCAGCUGUGACAGGUGUGAGCAGGGUUACCACGGCAACCCAGCCUCUGGCGAGCCAUGCCAGCCGUGCUUGUGUCCCGACACGGUAGCCAGCGGACGUUUUUUCGCCCGGUCAUGCAACAGGGACCCCAAUGCGCUGCAUGCUGAGUGUGACUGUCACCCCGGCCACUCAGGUCCCCGCUGCAACACCUGCUCCCCUGGUUACUAUGGCAACCUCACAACUCCGGGGGCAUGCUGCAUGGCGUGUAACUGUAACGGAAACAUCGACCCAAGAGACGCCAGUUCCUGCGACGCGGUGACGGGCGAGUGCCUGCGCUGCCUGCACAACACGCAUGGGUCCCGCUGUGAGCGCUGUCAGCCUGGUUACUAUGGCAAUGCGCUAGCCCAAGACUGCAAAGCAUGCUCCUGUGAGCCCCAUGGCACCAAGCUCAGCCUGUGUCCCGCCCGGGGCCCCUGUCUCUGCAACCCAACAUCGGGGGAGUGUCCAUGCCGGCUAGGUGUGGUGGGCCCCCGCUGUGACAGAUGUGCCGAUGGGUUCUGGGACCUGGGGGGUGAGACAGGGUGCCAGCCGUGCAACUGCGACCCCGAAAACUCUAUCAGCAAUCAGUGUGACAAGGUCACUGGUCAGUGCCGUUGUCACCCUGAGUUUGGAGGGAGGGGCUGUAACGAGUGUGCAGAUAAUUUCUUCGGGAAUCCGGAGCUGCAGUGUAUCCCUUGCCACUGCAACCUGGAUGGCACCGAGCACCCGGCGUGCAACCGUUACACCGGAGAGUGCAUUUGCCAGCCUGGUGUGACCGGGACCUUCUGCGAUGAGUGUGCUGUAGGGCACAAGGCCUCCUUCCCGGCCUGCCCAGCCUGCCAUCCCUGCUGGUCCCUGAGGGCCCAGACCGUGAAGGACCUGCGGCUAGAGGCUGAGAGGCUGGCCGAGUUUGUGCACAAACAUGGUACCCCGGGGCUGCCAGAUUAUAGCAUCAAAAUAGGGAAACUCCAGGAUGAACUGGACAAGCUUACAAACUGGACCAGAGACGUCGAGACCAUUGACAUCGAGAAGACAGAGAUGCUGUGCCAACAAAUCUCGAUGUUGAAGGAUACCAUCAAACCUAAGGCAAUAAUAAUUGACAAGACUCCCCUUUUGAAUGCUGAGAUUGAUGAUAUCAGAAACGACCUCAACAGACAGUUGGAGAUUUUGUCAAAAAAAUUAAAGCCAGUAAAACUUCCAAGUCGCAAAGCCGUGGAAGAGGCUUUGCGGGAGAUCAAGAAGCACUAUGAGUCAGUCAGUGACACAGAACAGCAAUGUGAAGAUGCCAAGGCCAUGCUGGAGAUGUCCAGGAGAAGACGCCAGAAGGUCAAGGAGAUGCUGACCAGCUGCUCAGAGAAAAACCUGGACUCACUGGAGAGGAGGGUCAGGAAUCUCAACGUGGCCGAUUUCAACGAGGCUAUCUGCGGGGAGCCGGGUGAUGCCAAGUGCUCCGAGGCUCCAUGUGGGGGGGCCUUGUGCAGGGACGCCUUGGGGGCCCGGAGGUGUGGGGGCCUUGGCUGUAGAGGUAUCCUGCCACUCAGCCUGAAUGCCACGGCUCUGGGAGAGCAGGCGAAAAAGCUCUUGGCCGACAUGCCGGGCAAACUGACGGACUCGGAGACUAAGAUUAGUGACACCAAACAAAAAUCCCGCAAUAUCAAAGCGAAGGCAGAGGAAAUGAAGAAAAAAAUCACUGAGAAAAAGGAGAAGCUUGAAAAAAAUAAAAAUGAGACCAUGGACCUGAUCCAACAGGUCAAGAGAUACCUCCAAGAUGAACUGGUGAGCCCAGAAGACAUCGAGAAAGUGGCCGGUGCAGUCCUGGCCAUCCAGCUUCCGCUGUCUCUUGAGGAGAUCCAAGACAUGAUCGACACGAUCCACUCCAUUGUGGCCAACAGCCCUACGGUCAGAGAAGAUUUGGACCACCUGACGAACCAAAACCAAACUGUCAAGGAGCUGCUCGAGGCGGCCGAGGACGUCCAUAACAAAACAAGACAGAUCAAUGUCCGUCCCAUUAAACAAGCAUUAAAGGAAACAGGAGGGAUACAGGACAAGGCUAAAGCGCUCUUGGAUUCAGCAAGCAAGGACACCAACACUGCAGAUGAGCAAACUUGGGAGAUCGAGAGAAAGCUGGAUAAUAUGGUGAGAAAUUUACCCGACACAAAAAUCAGCGACACACUGCAGCAAAUUGAGGCUCUGAGGAACAAGAUGGAGAUGAACCGGCUACAAGCUCAGGAGGCUAAAUCUGCGGCAGACGCCUCCCUGGACAACAGCAUGGAAGCAAAGAUGCUUCUUGAAGAAGUCAAGAGCUCAUUCGAGAAGUUAAAGAAGAAUGAGAAAAAAAAGAGCACCAAUGACGAAGUGACAGAGAGGCUGAAAAACAUAACGAUGGAAGCGGAAAACCUCAGGGAUGAAAUUAAAGACAAAACAAGUCGGGUGGAAGAGCUGGAAAAGAGGAUCCUAGAUCUCGAAGAAAGAAAAGACAGGAAGGUGGAAGAAGUUGCGGAGCUAAUGAAUGAAGUGGCCGGCAUUUGGGCGGAAAUCGCCAGAAAAGCAGCAGAAUACAGCAGCUGCACCUAGGGGUUGCAGUGUCGAAUCCCAAAGCAUUCCACAUUUUAAUAGUAAUAAAAUGCUUUCGAUUUCGAGUAAUUAAAUUGCAUUGCGAAUUAUUAAAUUUCGAUUUUGCUUUGUGUGUCUCUCGUUUCUGCGUAUAAAAAAAACAAUUUUUGUUGUUGAUGACAG